AUGGAGAGAAAAUGGGAAGAAAGACUGAAGAAAGUUGAAGAACUAGCAUCUUACUAUGAAAGAAACCCUCUUCUUCCAGUUUACAGACCAAAACUGUCCAAACCUUUUCAACCAUCCCCUGUUUGGAAAAUAUUUUGUCGUCAGGCUGAAGCCUUUCACUAUGUAAAAAACUGUGAAGAGGAUGUUCAUGUAUUUGCCUUGGAGAAGAACACACAAAAUGGACAGCGAUUUUACCUGGUGACAACGUACUGCGAGCUUUGGUUUUAUUACACCAAAGAUUAUAAAACAAGUCUGAUGCAUUGCUAUGAAGUAAUUCCGGAAAAAGAUGCUUGUAAACUUUAUUUUGAUUUGGAGUUCUACAAACCAUCAAAUCCUGAAGCUGAUGGCAAGAAUAUGGUUGCAAAGUUAAUUAAGCUUGUCAGCAAAAAGCUAGAAGAAAUCUAUGAUGUUAACUGUUCAUCCAAAGAUGUCUUGAAUUUAGAUUCCAGUACUGAUGAAAAAUUUAGUCGACACUUGAUAUUUCUACCCCACAAGACUGCAUUUAAGAAUAAUAUCCAUGUUGGUAACUUUGUGAGAACCAUUUUGCAGCCUGCUGUGGCGCUACUGGAGAGCGAAGCUGCUGCGCUGACUCCAGAGGGGCGAGCGAGCCGUGUUUUCCAGAGUUCUGCACCAACAGCUGGACUAGAGGGUGCUCUCAUAAACCUCCCAGCAGCAGAAGAUACAUCUAAGAGUUGUCCAUCUAUCGCUCAUGAAACAGCAGAAACUGAAAUGUCACAGCAGGGAGAAAACUCUGAAUAUUCCUUUCUAGUAGUAAAUGACAAAGAAGGACGCAAGCAACUUUUUGUGGAUCUAGGAGUUUAUACAAAGAAUAGAAACUUCCGGAUGUAUAAGUCAUCAAAAGCAGGAAAAAACGUGAUUCUGAAGAUUGCAGAGGAUAAUAAGUUUGUCCCUACAUGUCAAAAGAACAUUUCUUUGGAAGAAGCAUACUUUCUUUCCUCUUUGGUUUGCAAUGUUGGGUCUGGAGAUGACACAAAAAUUCUGACCUCUGAUGCCUCAGAAGAGGAAAGAAAAACAUCUGCUUUUUUAAACAGCAAAACUACUAGAAGUGCUAGAGAGUCCAUUGAAGGCUAUCAGGAGUCACCGUAUCCAGAAAUUGAUUCUUUUGUUCGCUCUUUGGUUAAUAAAGAUGGGGUGCAAGGAGGGAUACGGCAAUGGAACUAUUUCUCUCUGGAGGAAAUAAUCGUAUAUGAUAUUUCUGGUUACCGCUGGUGUGAAAAUAUUGGGAGAGCUCACAAAAGUAACAAUAUAAUGAUAUUGAAGAUAAAGAAAACAGGCCGUCUUAAAAUUCAUAUUGAGUGUUUUCCAUUGCCACCUAGGAUCUGUCUCCCUUUUCUUUUCAAAGAGGAGGAAGAAUAUGCAGUAAUGGAUGAAAGUGAGAACAAAGAGGGGCAUUCUGACCCUACAGAUGUGUCAAAAGGCUCAGCAUUUCAAGAAAACUGCGUGUCUAGAGACCUCCUGCUGGGAGACAGCGCAUGGGAGCACGCAAACGACGAUGCCUGGUUCCUGGAAGCUACUGAUGAUGUGGAGCUAGCUGAAGCUGCGAGUGAUGGUCUGAAUGGUGACACAGAAGAAAUUCCUGAUGAAGUUCUUCUGGAAGCUGUACGGAACCACGAUUCCUCUGCCAAGAACCCAGCUAACCUGCGGCCCGGCUAA